AUGGCUGUCAAUGGCGAGGUCGAAGGGGCUUCGGUCAAUGUACCGGCCGAAACAUUUGACACGAUCCUGGUCCUCGACUUUGGCUCACAAUACUCGCACCUUAUUACACGACGAUUGCGCGAACUGAAAGUGUACUCUGAGAUGUUACCCUGCACACAAAAGAUCGCAGACUUGCAUUUCCGACCCAAAGGCAUUAUCCUCUCAGGAAGUCCCUAUUCGGUUUACGAGGAGGGCGCACCCCACGUAGAUCCGGCGGCCUUUGAUCUCGGUGUACCAAUCCUGGGUAUCUGCUAUGGCCUACAAGAGAUGGCUUGGCAUUUUGGCAAGAAUGUCUCCGCCGGCGACAAGAAAGAAUAUGGCCAUGCCUACCUGAAGAUCGAACGACAUGCGGGGAAGGAAGAGCAUAUCGACCGUCUCUUUGAAGGGAUUGCAGAUGAUAUUGAAGUAUGGAUGAGCCACGGUGACAAACUAUCAAAGUUGCCGGACGGGUUCCAUCCAAUUGCAAGCACAGCGAAUGCCCCUUUCGCAGGUAUCGCAAGCGUGGACAAGCCUUAUUUCGGCAUUCAAUUCCAUCCAGAGGUGACGCAUACUCCACGCGGUACGGAAAUCCUGGGUAACUUUGCAGUGAAAAUAUGCAAGGCCCGACAAGAUUGGACCAUGGAGAAGUUCGUGGACAAAGAAAUCGAGCGCAUCCGGGCUCUGGUCGGUCCCAAGGGUCAGGUUAUAGGCGCCGUGAGUGGAGGAGUCGACUCAACUGUUGCCGCCAAACUCAUGCAAGAGGCAAUUGGAGAUCGAUUCCACGCCGUCCUUGUAGACAACGGCGUCCUUCGACUGGACGAAGCUCGAACUGUUAAGGAGACACUGACCAAGCACCUGGGCAUCAACCUUACCGUCAUUGAUGCAUCAGACCUUUUUCUCGGAAGGCUUAAGGGUGUCUCGGAUCCGGAAACGAAGCGGAAGAUUAUUGGAAACACCUUCAUCGAGGUAUUCCAAGACAAGGCCAAGGCAAUCGCGGAGGCUGCCGCAAACUCAUCUAGAGCAGGAGAGAUUGAGUGGCUGCUUCAGGGCACUUUGUACCCUGAUGUCAUUGAAAGCAUCUCAUUCAAGGGCCCGUCUGCAACCAUCAAGACCCACCACAAUGUUGGUGGCUUACUGAAAGACAUGCAUCUGAAGCUCAUUGAGCCCCUCCGGGAACUUUUCAAGGACGAAGUCAGAGCGCUAGGAACCAACCUAGGCAUUCCCGAGGACCUAGUUUGGCGACACCCCUUCCCAGGACCUGGUCUUGCCAUCCGUAUUCUCGGAGAAGUCACUGAAGCUCAACUCAAGAUUGCUCGUCAUGCGGACAAGAUCUUUAUCGACGAAAUAAUUGCCAGUGGCCUGUACAGAAAGAUCUCGCAGGCUUUUGCCGCUCUUCUACCCGUCAAAGCGGUCGGUGUAAUGGGAGACAAGAGAGUCCACGCUCAAGUGAUCGCCUUGCGAGCUGUUGAGACAACGGACUUCAUGACCGCCGAUUGGUUUCCAUUUGAUGGCGAAUUUCUCAAGAGAGUGAGUAGAAGAAUAGUCAAUGAGGUCGACGGGGUUUGUCGAGUGCUUUACGAUGUCACGAGCAAGCCUCCCGGUACGAUUGAGAUGGAAUAG